AUGGCAACAGAGGAGGAGGAGGAGGAGGAGGAGGGCAAGAGGAAAGGUGUCAGGGAGGCCUCGGGAGACUCAGAGGAGCGAGGGAGCAAGAGGAAGAAGGAGGAGAAACAGAGAAGAGGGGAUGGACCAAAAUGUCACCACUGUCAACACUGUGACAAAUCCUUCACAGCAUCUGCACGUUUAAAGCGUCAUCAGAGAGUUCACACUGGAGAGAAUCUACACAGCUGUGAUCAAUGUGGGGCAGCUUUCACACUGAAGAGUCUCCUAAUAAUACAUCAACGCAGUCACACUGGAGAGAGGCCGUACAGCUGUGAUCUAUGUAGUAAAACCUUUUGUUGGAGGGAUAGCCUGGUAGCCCACCGACGUGUUCACACCGGAGAGAAACCCUACCGGUGUGAACAAUGUGGCAAAACCUUUACUUAUAAUAGUGGCUUUAAAUCUCACCAGCGCAGACACACUGUAGAGAAGCCAUACAGCUGUGAUAUAUGUGGUAAAACAUUUUCUAAGAGCAAUAGUCUUAAAAUACACCGAUGUGUUCACACCGGAGAGAAGCCGUACUCGUGUAAACAAUGUGGGAAAACGUUUUCUCUGAGAAGUAGCCUUAAUUCUCACCAGCUUGUUCACACUGGAGAGAAGCCCUACAGCUGUGAUCUAUGUGGUAAAACCUUUUUUAGGAGCAAUAGUCUUAAAAUACACCAAUGGGUUCACACUGGAGAGAAGCCGUACAGCUGUGAUAUAUGUGGUAAAACAUUUUCUAAGAGCGAUGGUCUUAAAAUACACCGAUGUGUUCACACUGGAGAGAAGCCGUACUCGUGUAAACAAUGUGGGGAAAAGUUUUCUCGGAGAAGUCACCUUAAAUCUCACCAGCGUGUUCACACUGGAGAGAAGCCCUACAGCUGUGAUCUAUGUGGUAAAACCUUUACUGAUAGUGGUGGCUUUAAAUCUCACCAGCUUGUUCACACUGGAGAGAAGCCGUACUUGUGUGAACAAUGUGGGAAAACGUUUUCUCAGAGUAGUAACCUUAAACGACAUCAACGCAUUCACACUGGAGAAAAGCCCAAAUAGUCUGAACAAGUAAAUUAGCUUUAAAUAAGCAAAACUACAAAGAGACAGAUGAAAGUGCAGCUUCAAGAAAAAACAAUAACUACAGUUGGGUUCGAAAGUUUGGGUACCCUAGAUAAAAAUGUGUAUUAAUGAGCAUAAAGAAGCCAAAACAAAGAUGGAAAAAUCUCCAAAAGGCAUCAAAUGACAGAUUAGACAUUAGUAUAAUAUGUCACAAAAAGUUAGAUUUUAUUUAAUAAUUUUACACUUUCAA